UCGACUAACAUUCACAUUUAGUUCGGUUUGUGAUCAACUCAUAUACACGAUGAAAAUAACAUUGUUUUCAGUGUGUGCAUUCGCACUAUGCAUCAACAUCUUAACCGCCGAACAACCGGUAAAUAAUAUCGCAAAAACAGAAGACUCCCAGUCCAAGAGGAGCGUGUCCGAAUUCGACUAUGGAUACGGAAGUUCUAAAAUCGUAAGUAGUAGCUAUGGACAUGAAUAUUUCAAUGCUGGGCACGCAAACAUCGGUGAAGACUACGCAUACGAUGGGUCACAACAAUCGUCUUACCAACACCACGUACCCGUCAAGACUAUUACCAAAAAUGUGCCACAACCUUACCCCGUGGAAGUAGCCAAACCGUAUCCUUACCCGAUACUAGCAUCAUGA